UGUGGGUGCUCGGGGGGGGGGGGGAGCUGCUGCCUCCUCCUCUGUCUGUGCGGCUACAGCCAUAGCGUUCGAGAGUAGAUUUCAGAAUCCCCCGGAGUUGUAACAAUGAAGCAGAGUUCGAACGUGCCGGCUUUUCUCAGUAAGCUGUGGACGCUGGUGGAGGAGGCCCACACCAACGAGUUCAUCACCUGGAGCCAGAAUGGCCAGAGCUUCCUGGUGUUGGAUGAACAGAGGUUUGCAAAGGAAAUUCUUCCCAAGUACUUCAAGCACAACAACAUGGCGAGCUUUGUGAGGCAGCUAAAUAUGUAUGGCUUCCGUAAAGUAGUUCAUGUUGACUCUGGUAUUGUAAAGCAAGAACGAGAUGGCCCAGUUGAAUUUCAGCACCCAUACUUCAAACAGGGCCAGGAUGACUUGCUGGAGAACAUUAAAAGAAAGGUUUCUUCUUCAAAACCAGAAGAAACCAAAAUUCGCCAGGAAGACUUAUCUAAAAUCAUAAGUAGUGCUCAAAAAGUUCAAAUCAAACAAGAAACCAUUGAGUCCAGGCUUUCUACUUUGAAAAGAGAAAAUGAAUCCCUUUGGCGGGAAGUGGCAGAAUUACGGGCAAAACAAACACAGCAGCAGCAAGUAAUUCGAAAGAUUGUCCAGUUUAUUGUUACAUUGGUUCAGAAUAACCAGCUUGUGAGUUUAAAACGCAAAAGGCCUUUACUUUUAAAUACUAAUGGAUCUCCAAAGACAAAUCGAUUUCAGCAAAUUAUCAAAGAACCAGCCAAUAAUCACCACCACAAAGUUCCACAUAGUAGGACAGAGGGUUUAAAACCAAGGGAGCAGAUUUCAGAGGACAUCAUUAUUUAUGAUGUCACUGAUGAUAAUGUAGAUGAAGAAAAUUCUCCAGUUACUCCUGAAACCAAUGAGGAUGCUACAAGUGACACUUCAAAUUGUAGCCAGUACCCUGAUAUUGUCAUUGUAGAAGAUGACAAUGAGGAUGAUUAUGCUGCUGUUAUUCAGGGCGGGAACAAAAGAAGUGAAUCAGCCAGCGUUCCAGCCAGUCACCAUGUGAGUUCUGUCAGUGAGAGUGGCAGCUCGCUUAUGUCUAGUGCUGUGCAGGUAAACAACUCGUCUGCUCUGACUUCAGAAGAUCCUGUCUCCAUGAUGGAUUCUAUCCUGAAUGAAAACAUCAAUCUUUUAGGAAAGGUUGAGCUGUUGGAUUAUCUUGACAGUAUUGAUUGCAGUCUAGAAGACUUCCAAGCCAUGCUUUCUGGAAGACAGUUUAGCAUAGACCCUGAUCUACUGGUGGAUCUUUUCACUAGCUCUGUGCAGAUGAAUCCCACAGAUUACAUCAGUAAUACAAAAUUGGAAAAUAAAGGAUCAGACGUUAAUAAGAAUAAUGAAGUUCAGCCAACUUCCGAAGAUGGAAAAAAUUCUAAGCCUAAGUCAGAUAAGCAGCUCAUCCAGUACACAGCUUUUCCUCUCCUUGCAUUUCUUGAUGGGAACCCAUCCUCCACUGUUGAAAAUGGAAGUGCAACCUCAGAAGCUGCCUCUUCUUCAGACAAACCCCUAGAGGUUGAUGAGCUUCUGGAUAAUAGUCUGGACCCGGAACCAACCCAAAGUAAGCUUGUUCGACUGGAACCAUUGACUGAGGCUGAGGCGAGUGAAGCCACUCUGUUCUAUUUAUGUGAACUUGCCCCUGCACCACUGGACAGUGAUAUGCCACUCUUAGAUAAUUGAAUCCCCCUAGAAGGUGGACUAAAUGUAUAUAUUCAUCAAAAUGAUGAACUAUUUAUUUAAAGUAUCAUUUGGUACUCUUUUGUUUUGUAAAUGGAUUUGUUUUGUGUAUUCAGAUACUGUGGAAUCUAAAGCACCUUCCCUGUCCCUCCCACCCCCCUCAAAGUCUAACCACACGCUGAUCACUCUUGCAGAGCUUUCAGAUGUUACUCAGCUGUGUAGUUCUUUAAGACUUCCUGAACACAUUGAUAGAUCCUUAAUUUGGAUUCAAAUUGCUGUUCUUUGCCCAAUUGCAGUGGAAUUCAUUGAUUUUUGUUUUCAUGUAUAUGCCCAUUACCCUGAUCUAAUUAAACCUUCAUUUGUUUGUUGUAAUUUGUUUUAUUUGUUUGAUGAUGCUAUCUGAUUGCGUUGAGUGUAACACACUAGUGCUGAAGAUGGUAUUCUGAAUGCUUUCUCUGUUGCAGUUAACUUUUAUUAAAAUUUUUACACUUGGCUUUUCAACACUGGGAACAUAAAGUGCCUGGAUCUAGUAGAAUUCCAUUGGUCUCCCUUGGUUCUGAGAUGUAUUCCUCUGUACCACACAAGAAUAGUGAAGUGGGCAUGAUUUUCUUCUGCCCCCUAAAAUCUUCCCAGUCUAGUUUAGGUAAUGGAGAUCAUCUCUGCCCACUGAGUUGGACUGGAAUGUCAAAUAAAAAGGUUUUUAAGUUUG